AUGAAUAUUAAUCGUUACCAGGCGGCAAAAAAUCUGCAACCGGCACGUUCGCUACGUACCGCACCAAAUGCCGGCCGGAAUGCGCUCGGCGACUUUGGCUAUCCGCCCCAUCUGGUGGACACCUCCAACCAGGCCCGUGGGGGUCACAUGCACAAUGGGAAUCAGCACGGAAAUUUGCCAGCACAAACUCACCAACGAUCGAGCAGUCAGUCGCGCAAACACGAUGUGCUACGUACGCCGCCGACCCAUGGAUCGCACGGUUCCAGUGCGGGUCGGUCAAGUGCUGCAUUCUCUCCGGGAAGUUUAACAUUCAACGCCAGUACGCUCACUGUCGGCUCUCUGUAUGAGGUGACCGUUUCGUACGUGCAGAAUGGUCCGAAGCAGUUCAUGGUGCAGCUACAUUCAGCGGAAGCCGCACUGAAGCAAAUGAUGGUUGCGUUGGCACGGGUGCCGUUACGUUCCAUCAAUCGAAAGCUGCAGCUCGGAAUGGCCUGUUUGGCACGCUAUUCGCACAACCAUACGAUCUACCGUGCGCUCAUCACAGCGCUAGGACAGGAUGGAAACUGUACCGUUUCGUACGUUGAUUAUGGCCAUUCGGAAACGGUGCAUCCAAGCAGUUUGUACGAAAUUCCACCCGAGUUCCUGCGUUACGAGAUCUUUUCCACACGCUUUGCGCUCUCAAAUGUGCGCCGGCUCGAGGAUUUAAAUGCUGACGUUGCUGGUAUCUUCUCCAAGAUGAUCGCAGGCAAGGUACUGAAGCUGAAAGUUACUCCCCCGGAGGGUGCAGCAUUCGUGUCGUACUGUGAGCUGUACGAAAAUGGCGACAAUCUUUUCUUACGAUUGCAAAAACUAUGCCAGGAUCAGGUUUACAAGUAUCCUCCAGCGGGGAUUUUGCAACGGGGAUCCAGUUAUCGGGUGGUUAUCCGUUACAUUGAAUCUUGCGCGAAAUUCUUCGUCCAUCGACUGGACAAUGUGGCUACGUUUGAUAAAAUGAUGGAUGAUUUGAUAGUGCAUUAUCAGGGCAGUGGCAGUGUCGUACCGGGCGUUGUGAACGUUGGCGAUGUUUACGCGGUCAGCCUCGAUCCGAACGAUAUCUACCGGGCGGAGGUGCUUGAAACGAACCCUAAAAUUAAGGUGCGCUUAGUCGACUAUGGCACUAGCAUCACGACGCAACGUGGGCAGCUAAAGCGUCUGUCGCCGGACUUUCUCCAUCAGCGGCCGGAAGCGAUCGAGUGCUGUCUGGAAGGGUUCGAAGGAUCUACCAGCGUUGAUCUGUCGACGGAUCAGCUGGAAAUGUUGGCGGAAGGUGCGGAUCGAGAGCGUAAACCGUUCAAGUUGAUCGUGUGCGAUAUACGGGACGGGAAAACAAUCGUAAACCUGCUGGAUGAAUCGGAAACGCCCGUACUGAACGUGUCGAAGAAGCUGCUGAAGUUGAACACGCCGGGAAAAUUCUUAAAGGAACCUCUAAGCAAUACUCAGAAGCAGCAAAACAAACGACUGUCUGGCGGAAUUGCUGCGAAUGGUGUUGAUCCAUUGGGGACGACUGUCGACUCAGCCAAGGCGCCUCUUUCGUCAAGUGGCAUUUCGUCUGGCCAUGGAGACUGUAUCGAUCUGACUAACGACGAAUGGAGCGGUGGUCCACCACUGCCGGGAAAUCAAAGUUCGGGGUACGAUCUGCAAACGGGUGGCAAUGUGCAAACUCCUCCGCACAAUACUCGUUCGGGUGGUGGUGUCGGAUAUGGGCGUGAUAGUAACCAUAGCAGCCGUGACCAUUCGACAGGCAACAACAAACAGGAGGCAAAGCGAAAUCCGGGAAUUGCCAACAAUGUAGGAACAACGGCAGGGGUCCGUAAUGACAUUCCAAGGUUCAACAAGGACCGCGUCCAAAUGCCGUACUAUUACGAACACGAUGAUCGGUUUGCAGAUCCAAACAGCCCUCCAGCGAAUGUAGGGUUGGCCGGUAAUGAAGCGAAGCGAAACGAACGAAACAGAAUGGACGCUCCAGUGGCUGCUACGGAAAGCAACCCGGUGGUCUCCAGCAGCGCGCAAUCUUCAGAUGAGUUUAUGCCGUAUCGUAGUACCUUGCCGGAACAAGUAGUAACGAUGAACAGUAAGCUCGAAGUCGUUCUCUCUUGGUGGUACUCGCCGGAACAAUUCUACGUAAGAUUACGAUCGGAUGAGGAUAAGUACCAUGAUAUGAUGAAGCAGCUGCAAAAGUACUAUCGAAACAAGAGCAAUCAGCAGCUACAUCAGCAACAGCUACAACAGCAACAACAAACCAGCGGAAAGGCCGCAAAACCCUCCACCGGUUCAAUCGUUGUCGUACGUCACCCCAAACACAAUGCGUUCUAUCGUGGCCGUGUGUUGAAGUACAACGAGUCCGUUCAAAAGUACAAGGUAGAGUUGGUCGACGGGGGCAACAAACUGGCCCUAUCGAUAAACGAUCUGUGGCUGGUGGAGCGUCGCUUUACCCGGCUCGCCCCAAUGGCUAUUGCCUGUGCUCUGCCCGACGUUAGAUUGCGCUGCGAGGUGAAGGAACUGCAGAACCGCAUCGAUUCGUACAUCAGCAACGAUAAACAGUUCGGAACAGUGUUUUUGGAGCGUGUUGAGGGCAAGUAUUACUGUGAGGUGGACUCGCUCGGACGUGAUCUCAAGGAGCAUCUGCUGGAAGAUGAUCUCAUCGCACAGGUUUAUGUUGACAUAGAUCUCGGUCGUUUAAAGGGACAAACAUUAAAGGUGCAGCUAGUAGAGCUAAAAAGUCUAAACGAUUUCCGCGUGAAAUUGCUCGGACAUCAGGCGAUCUUCAGUUGCCGACAUGAUGGCUGUGAUACAUCCCUUGUUACGGCGGAUGCUAUGGUGAAGUUUCGUGAACAAUGGCUCAAUCAGCACUGCUUGGCACAAGUGGUCGAUGUAUCGAAUGAUGAAAAAUUGAUACUGUCUUUGUUGAUACCAUCGCUAACGGGCCAACCUGAACCAACGAUAGCCGAAAUGCCAGUGCUGAUGAGUGCCUUUAACGUGUACGUUACCCACGUAGAAAGCACGAACUGCCUGUACGUGCAGAAUGCGCGCUGGAAUGAGCAGAUCACCAACAUGGCGAACGAUCUGUUUGAGUUUUACGAAAAACAACAAGAGUUAGUGCCUGUGGCGAAUCUGGCGAUUAAUGAAAUGUGUGCCGCCAAAUCACAAGACGACGGUAACUGGUAUCGUGUAAAAAUCGUAUCGUUGCAAGAUAUCGAAAAGAUCGAAGUGCUGCUGGUAGACUAUGGGUAUCGCGAGCAGGUGAAGCACAGUGAGCUGAAGGUGCUUGAACCUAAGUUCCUCGAAUACAGUGCGUUUGCCCAUCGGGUGUAUUUACCAAUGGCAGCAAUCGCUGACGAGAAUGAGGAGCAUAUUAAGACGGAAAUCGGUAAACUGACCGAAUCGCACGAGCUGUCGCUUAAAGUGGUCGAGUUUCGAAAUGGAAUUUGGAUCGUGGACAUCACCUCGAACGACUAUAGCAUUGUGAGCGUGCUGAAGGAUCGCCAGUUGGUGGCGGAUUUGGACUAUGAGACCAUACUCAAUCAGCGCCAAUCGUCGACACCAACACCCGGAGCUCCCGUACGGCCAUCGAUCGAGGAUCAUGAGGCGAAGCAUCAGAAGAUUAAGGCUAGAAUAUGUCACGUCGAUAAUCCGAGCCAGUUGUUUAUACAGCUCGAAAGUGAUCAAAAAGAUCUAAACCAACUGCAAGAGACUCUUCAAAUCAUUGCCUCAUCCUUACCACCCUUGCGUGACUUUUCUGCCGACCGUUACUGCAUCGCCCAAUAUUCGGCCGACGAUCUCUGGUACCGGGCCCUCAUAAUCGACAGUCACGAUGAUCUGAUCAUACAGUUUGUGGAUUUUGGCCACACGGAUAUCGUGACAAGCAACAAGAAGAGUACACUGCGCGACAUUAACGAUGAUCUGAUGAAGUGGAAAAUUUACGCGAAACAGUGCGCCAUGCUUGUACAACCCAUGUCCUUGGAAGUUGUCAGUGCUGAUGGUGCUUCAGCGAGUGCUGGUUCAUCCAGAGGACGUAAGAAAAUGGCUGCAUGGAAGGAGGUUGCCACAACAAUACUGCGUGCACUGGUUGAGGUUGAGGUGCAGUUUCUGGCCGAAGCGCAAGGCGUGCACUACAUCAGUGUGCGUAGCAGUGAGAAAGACAUUGCCGAGAUGCUGGUAGAGAAAAAGCUGGCCACCCGUUUGCUGUACGUUCCUUCCGGUCAGCGAUGCUUUACGAGCCACACGGAAUCCAUCGACGAGUUCUACCUGCAGCUGGAGCGCGAUGUUAAUCCACUCGAUAUGAUGGCCAACUAUUUGGCGGAUGUGAGCAAGUUUGCCGAUAUCGACGAUCCAAAGGUGGACAUGAUAUGUCUGGCGGAGUUUGCAGACGAUGGUCUGUGGUACCGGGUACAGGUAUUGUCCAUACCGCAACCGGGCACAUACGAGGUACUGUUUCUGGACUAUGGAAAUGGUGCUACGGUGCAGAAGCUGAAACAGCUGGAACCUAGCAUCGCCGAGCUGACGCGACUCUGUACGAAGUGUGCGCUACGGUUGCCGGAAAACGUGAAGAGUUGGUCGGCAGCGGCACAAGAAAAGUUUAUCGAGCUGACGGCCAUGGGCCAGACCGUGUUCACCGUACAGCUGCACAGCCCCGGACCAUCGUUUGCUACAGUUGAACUGUUCCUCGAAGGGCGGAAUAUUGUGGACCAGUUGGUUGCGCUGUGCGAGAAAGGACCCGGUUCGUCGACCGAUGCGAUGAGCUCCAGUUUCUUCCUGGGUGACGAUAACAGGCUCGAUGACAGCUACCAGCUAGAAGACGACAAGGUGCACAUUAGCCAUGUGAACUCACCGGCCGAGUUUUUCAUCCAGUUCAACAACAGUUUCGAUGCGCUGCGCAACAUGGACGAAUUGCUAGCGGCCAAAGCAAAGCACUGUGAAUCGAUCGCUGAGGGUGAUAUUAGAAAUGGGUUGUUUUGUUUGGCGCAGCUAGUACACAACGGUAAGUAUUGCCGUGCGCUGGUCCUGUCGGAGGUGCACGGUGGGCAGGCCACGUACCAUCUAGUGCUGCUGGUCGACUACGGAUAUCGUGCGGCAGCAACGGAUCUGCGCAAGAUGCCUCCCAGCAUUGAGGAAAUGUCCCGGCUGGCAAAGAAGUGCUGCCUGGAGCACUAUUUGCCAACGGAUGAGGUGACGCUCGGUGCAGCCCGUUGGAGCCGGCUGCGCAGUCGUCUUACGGAGCUGGCCGACUUGGGAAAGGUAGUGUUCACGUUUGAAAUUGUGCGUAACGAUUGCGAUCCACUCAUCAUACGAUUGUUUACGCCCAAUGGCGUUAACGUGGAAGAUCUGUUACGGGAGAAAGACGUCGACGACAUUGUGGGUGAGGACUCGUUCUGCAAUCUCGUCACGCCGGAAAAUAGCAGCAGCAGUAGUAGUGCGGGAGAAACGCUACGGCGAGCCAAACCGAAACAGGUGUUCUUCAGGGCACACAGCGACCUGGAGUUUCUGGAGAACUGUGAGUCCGCCCCAACAUCGUUGGGUCAGCAGUUUACGAAUGCAGACAACUGA